AUGUCUCAACCAGAGGGGUUUCAUGAUCCAACACAUUCUAAUUAUGUCUGUCAUCUAGAUAAGGUGUUGUACGGUCUGAAACAAUCUCUGCGCGCCUGGUAUAAUAAGCUCAGUUCCUUUUUGCUCACCUGGGGAUUUGUUAACUCCUCUGUUAAUUCCUCCAUGUUUACAUAUUGUCACUCUACUGCUGUUCUUGUGGUUCUCGUUUACGUGGAUGACAUUAUUUUAACUGGCAGCAACCCCUCCUUGAUUGCAAAGCUUCUCUCUAAUCUUCGUUCCACGUUUGCUAUCAAGGACUUGGGCCAACUCCAUUAUAUUUUGGGCAUUCAGGUUCAUCACUCAGCCGCUGGUCUUCACUUGAAUCAGCAUAAAUACAUUCAGGAUCUCUUGCACCGUGCUGAAAUGCUUGAUUCCAAAAUUUAUCACACCCCUAUGACCACUGCUACUGUCUUUUCUGCUCACGACGGUACUCCUUUACCUGAUGGCACUCAAUAUCGCAGCAUUGUCAGCGCCCUACAAUAUUUCACGAUGACUCUCCCUGACAUCUCUUUUGCUGUGAACCAUGUUUGCCAAUAUAUGCAUUCUCCCUCGGACACUCAUUGGCAGGCUGUUAAACGUAUUUUGUGUUAUCUUAAAGGCACUGCUCAUCACGGGUUACUGCUCCAACCGUGCUCUGAAUUCAAUCUUUUAUGCUAUACGGAUGCGGAUUGGGCCUCCUGCCUCGAUGAUCGACGAAGUACUGGUGCAUACUACAUUUUUCUGGGCCAUAAUAUCAUUUCCUGGUCUUCUUCGAAGCAGCGUGUUGUCUCACGCUCAAGCACUGAAUCUGAAUUUCGUGCUCUUGCAGAUGGUGUUGCUGAACUCUCCUGGAUUCAGUUCCUUCUUCGUGAUCUUCGUAUGCAACAACACUCUGCUCCUCUGCUUCUUUGCGACAACAUCAGCACCACCUAUCUCACUGCCAAUCCAGUUCUUCAUGCUCGAACUAAACACGUCGAAAUCGAUUUUUACUUCAUUCGUGAACGUGUUGCAUCUAAGCAGCUGGUGGUUCGUUUCACACCUUCUGAAGAUCAAUUGGCUGAUGCUCUUACCAAAGCCUUGCCCUCUGCUCGGUUUCUUCAGUUACGGUCCAAACUCACGGUCGUUCCUCCUCCCAUGAGUUUGAGGGGGGAUGAUAAGUCAUGUACAUAA